UUCUAAUGAGCAAUCUUGAGAAGACUCUAUUCCAGCUCAAGUUCACAGCCAAGACCCUGAAUCGCCAGGCUAAGAAGGCACAGAAGGACGAGAAUACUGAAAAGUCUCGCCUGAAAAAAGCCCUUCAACAAGGAAACAACGAUGGCGCCCGGAUAUAUGCAUCCAAUGCUAUUCGCAAGAAGAGCGAAUCUCUUAAUCUUUUACGGCUGUCGAGCCGCAUAGAUGCAGUUGCCAGUCGCGUAGAGACUGCCGUAACGAUGCGACAAGUGACUGGAAAUAUGACCUCUGUGGUGAAGGGCAUGGACAGGGCUAUGGAGAGUAUGAAUCUUGAAAGGAUUUCUCUUGUGAUGGACAAGUUUGAGUCGCAAUUCUCGGACCUUGAUGUGCAAACGUCGUACAUGGAAGACACCAUGGCUGCCACCAGUGCAGUGUCUACGCCACAAGAUCAAAUCGAUCAGCUGCUGCGCCAGACUGCAGAGGAGGCCAACAUAGAGCUACAACAUGAUCUUGCCUCAAAGGAUCUUGCCGCAGUGCCAGAUCUAUCGCCUCGAGAAAAGAUUAGAGAAGAGGAUGAUAAGCUAGCAGAGAGGCUGAGGGCACUGAGGCCUGCUACGUAGUCUGACAAUUCAGUUGACAUGUUGUAGGAUAUAGCGGGGUGGACGCUUCUAAGUGUACGGUCGUGUACCACGUUUGUAUGUAUGAAAUCCAUUAAUUAUGAACCAGGAGUCAUAAGACGGCCGUACU